UGGGCCCCAGUGUCUAAGAUUGGCGCAGUCGUCAUCGGUCCGCGACGGCGCGCAAUGACGUCACCGCUCAAGUUCGCCAUGGCUGACUCUGGAGCGAAAAAGGUCAUCAAGUUGGUUCCAGAGAACCUUCUGAAAAAGAGGAAAUCAUAUCAGGCCAUCAAAGCAAAGCAAGCUCAAAUUGCACUGCUCGAGAAGAGAAGGUCCUCAAAAGGCAAACCGUUGAAGUUCAAGCGUUUGGAGGACUUCUUAAAAGACAGCCAUCGGAGGCACCGUGAUGACGUUCGCAUCAACAGAACAAGCAAACGACCAGCAGACCCUUUGCCCCUUGAAAAGAACAGGCUGGCCUUCGCUGUCCGCAUCAGAGAUAUCAAAGGUGUCAGUCCCAAAGUGAUGAAGGUGAUCUACAUGUUCAGGCUGAGGAAGAUCUUCAGUGGGGCCUUCGUCAAAAUCAACAAGACCUCCAUGGCUAUGAUGAAGGUGGUGGAGCCCUACGUAGCCUGGGGAUUUCCCAAUUUGAAGUCGGUGCGUGAGCUUAUUCUGAAGCGUGGCCAGGCCAAGAUUAACAAGCGGCGAGUCCCUCUCACAGACAACACCCUCAUUGAAGAGCACAUGGGCAAACAUGGCAUCAUCUGCCUGGAGGAUCUGAUCCAUGAAAUUUACUCUGUUGGAAGGAACUUCAGGGUCGUUAACAACUUCCUGUGGCCGUUCAAGCUGUCGGUGGCGCGGCAUGCUGUCAAGGAUAAGGCUGGCCUCCUCAAGGACCUGGGAAACCCCGGAUUCAGGAGCUCGGAUAUUAACAGCAUCAUCAGACUGCUCAACUGAGAGGGGGCACACAGAGAUUUAUACCCAGCAACAAAUAUAAAGACUUUUUUUUUUUUUUAGAUUUAUUUGUGAUUCCUUAAGCCCUGUCUGAAGGGAAGGAAGGGCCAGCUAUAGAGAGUGGUAGCGAUUUAGGGUCUCCACUCAAGGACCCUGACGCAGCCUGGAUGCUUGCUGUGACGGGCUUUUGAUCCUAGGGCCUGCCGGACCAGCUAAAGGAUGGUUUCCCUACUCACCUGGAAGAACUGGUGCUAACAUUGAUGAACUUAUUCUUACUGUCGCCGUGUUUUUGACACUGAGAAGGUUUGAAAGGUUUAAUAAGAGAAGCAUGCCGUUCAGUUUUAUUUUGUACUAUCACUGUGGUCUAAUUUCACCCCGUUGAAGCCACCCAGUUGUUAACGUGGCAAUAUUCCUCGGGUUGUCAGAGAAAUGGAUCCAUAAUUCACACGUUUGCAAGACGGUAACUGAAUAUGCACGGUAGACCCACAGUUACUGUCAACCCCACCAAGGAAAAUUUCUCUUGUAUUGGUGUCAAGGCACUGUUGUGUCAAUUUGUGUAACUCGAACUUCGCAGGCAUGACCAAUUUGCAAGUCAGCCACAGUGAUCUCUCAUGAGAAUUGGGCCUGGUCUGCCUCAUGCUGAGAGCACCUCCACAAAGGCAGGCCCAUCCCAAAAAUGACAGCCCAACCGGGGCUUUGGAGAUACUCUUGGGACAUAAAGCAGCAGGUUUGUAGACGGUGGCACCAGGGACUAAGUAACUACUCUUGCGGUGUAAGAAAUUUUGUACAUUAAAAAAGGCAGAUAUUCUCAGUCUUAAGUCUGCCGAUGAACUAAUGCCUCAUGCAUACACACAAACAUGCAUACCUAUACACACACGUGCACUGUGGCAGCCUACACUGGGCUGUUUCCAUGUUGUGCCUGUUCAGUCCGGUCGGUCCCCUGGUUCCCACUGUUGUGUGGUGUGUUGGUAUUAUUUCCGGCAUGGUACACACUGUAGGGGAUGGUGGCAACUGUCUGGGGCUGUAGCUCUUGGUCUGUGCAUUGGUGGGGGGCAGCAUCAAUGUGUCCUCUGUAGUGCCGGGAUUGGAGGAGACGGAGAAUGUUGCUGAAACCGUGUUAACACACAUCAACGCCAAGCUUGUUUUUGUGGCUACGGGUGAGCCCCCAGAAGCUGUUGUGGACUGGCUGACUUGGACCAGUGGCCACCCUGAUUACCUCUGCUCUCCGAAAGGACUUUAUCUUUCUGCUGCUCAUCUGCUGAGGAGGGGCUGAAUGGCUCAGGUCUCUUGUGAAAUCUAAGUGAUAACUUUCACUACUGAGGCCAUUGUUCACAGUGCCGUUUCACUCACGUAGCCCUCCCGGAACCUUAGAUCAACCUCCAGAGCUCUGAUUGGACUUUCAACUUUUUGGAUCGGCCUGCCUAUUUGAUAAUACUCAAUUGGGGGGGGGGGUCAACACAUAGCCCCUUGAAAGAUUGAUUUACGAGAUUGAUCGUUUGCCAGUCUUAUGUUAAGGCUAUCGGUGGCCUUUCCACCUUGCUUAAAAAUGUAAAGUGGGAACUUGUUUAUUUACAAUAAAUAUAAACAGUACUGACCUGUUCAGCGACAAACCACUGAUGCAGUUGCUUACUUGACAGCAAGGGUUAUUACUCGAUCUGGUAAUAGUAUUCGUUUCAAACAUUUUGUUGAUUUUGUGUGCAUACAGGAAUCGUAUCUUUCCUUGCAUGGUGGAGGUACUCCAGCUAAGGCAGUUACUAACAAAUGAAAUGUGUUCCAGAUUUUGAAAUAUGAAUAAGUACAUAAACAUAGAGAUAUUCAGUAAAAUUCAUGACUGGUUUGAAUGGUUCUAGCUAUUGUCCACCAGAUCAUGCAGCUUCACCCUGUAUCGUUUUAGUUGCUUGCUGGUUUGUUUGGAUUACAUUAUAAAAUUCAAACAAUCAUCUUCU